UGGGGAUGGAGAUCAACAUGCAAUUGCUGUGCUACGUCGCACUGGCCAUGUUACCACUUUACAUGAUUUACAACAGAUUUCGGCCCUCAAUGAAUUUACCGCCGGGUCCUCGCGCAUGGCCUGUAAUCGGGCACCUGCAUCUUCUGGGUAUUCUGCCGCACAGAUCUCUGGAUCGACUCUCCAAGUCGUACGGGCCACUCAUGUCAAUCAAGCUGGGCUCCGUCCCCUUCGUUGUCGCGUCCUCUGUUGAAAUGGCCCGAGAGAUUCUCAAGACCAACGACCUCACUUUCGCCUCGCGUCCCAGGAUUGCGGCGGGGAAAUACACAGUGUACAACUACUCCGACAUAACGUGGUCGCCCUACGGAGAGCAUUGGCGGCUGGCCAGAAAGAUCUGCCUGAUGGAGCUCUUCAGCACUAAGCGCCUCGAGUCGUACGAGUAUAUCAGAGUGGAGGAAGUGGAGCGCAUGGUGGCCUCUGUUUUCAGAAGCUCUGCCGCCGCUCAGCCUGUUCAUCUCAGGGAAGAGACUUCGUCCGUGAGCAACGACAUUAUUUCGAGGAUGGUUUUGGGGCGGCGGUAUUUGGAUGAGAAUGGCGGUAACAAGAUUGAGCCCCAUGAGUUUAAGGAGAUGCUGGAGGAGCUUUUUGUGCUCAAUGGUGUGUUUAACAUUGGGGACUAUAUUCCUGCACUGAGUUUCCUUGAUCUGCAGGGCUAUGUCAGACGGAUGAAGAAGCUCAGUCGAAGAUUUGAUAUCUUUCUGGAGGAGGUGCUGGAGGAGCAUGACCGGCGGCGGAAGAGCGUGCCGGAUUAUGUGCCCGCUGAUAUGGUGGACGUUUUGCUGCAACAGAGUGAUGAUCCUGCCAACAAUCUUACCAGGAACAAAGUCAAGGCCUUCACUCAGGACAUGAUAGCUGGCGGAACAGAGAGCUCUGCUACGCUUGUGGAAUGGGCGCUGGCAGAGCUUCUGAGAAAGCCCGAGAAUCUGGCAAAGGCGAACGAAGAAAUGGACAGAAUAGUGGGGAAAGAAAGAUGGGUGCAAGAGAAAGACAUUGGUGAGCUCGAAUUCGUGCAAGGGAUAGUGAAAGAAACUAUGAGGCUGCACCCAGUUGCCCCCAUGCUGGUUCCUCAUCUUUCCACUCAACAUUGCAAGAUUGGAGAGUACGACAUCCCCGCCAACACCAGAGCAUUGGUGAGUGUGUGGACGAUUGGCAGAGAUGAAACAGUGUGGGAAAAGCCCGAGGAAUUCAGGCCAGAGAGGUUUGAGGGCAGCAGCUUGGAUGUGAAGGGCAGAGAUUAUGAGCUGCUGCCAUUCGGGUCGGGUAGAAGGAUGUGUCCAGGGGCCAGUCUGGGUCUGAAAGUAGUUCAGCUGGGCCUCGCUAAUCUUCUCCAUGGCUUCCAUUGGCGCCUUCCCGCUAAUAUUCAGAGCACCCAAGAGUUGGAUAUGACCGAGACCUAUGGCCUUUCGACACCCAAAGCAGAGCCUCUGGUUGCCAUGGCAGAGCCUCGCCUGCCUCAUCAUCUCUAUUGUUUCCCUUAACCCACGUUUUGCAUAGAUAAUACCUCGUGUCUGUCUGUGAUAAGCUUGUGUCUGUCUGUGAUGAAUAAUACUGUACACAAAGAGUAUAUUUUAAUACCUCUUUUAAUCUUUGUUGUCCUUUCAUAGCUGGUCUUCUGACAGCCUGAGUUGGUCUGAGUUGGCCUAGUGGUAUAGACUGUGUGCUCGUUAAAGAAAGCUGACAGUUCAAAUCUUUGU